AUUUAAUCCUAUCGCAACACUCGAAGAAUGUGUGAAAUGAAUUCGCAAACAGUUUUGCUCAUUUACAGCUAUGAAGAGCGUACAUUUCUUUGCAACAUCCUGGCCCAAAAUGUAUCGUAAAUUUGCGGUUCCGUACUGAGGAUUCUUCAAACCACUACUACAACUGCUCUACCUAUCAAGUGCAAAUUCAAAACCACAUGUAACUUUUCUUCCAUGUAUGUGUGUUUUCCCACCGUUUACAUCACUUGCAAGUUUCAUAUUGCCUUGAACCCUGAUGGGUUCAUUGUGUUUUUAUAGCGUUUUUUACUUGAGCGUGGAAUAGUAAUAGGUUUUGCAUAACUACGCUGCACGAUUGGCUUGAAAAAACUCACGCCACUUUGUCACCCAAUCAGAAGUAAAACCAAAAGCAAUCGUGACCCGCUCGCUCCCGUUUUCCCGCGCUUUUCCUCGGUUACACGUAUUUCAGUUGUGAUUGGUUCAUUAGAUUAUCUGUGUCCUUUGUGAUUGGCUCGGGUAAGUACUUUGGUUUUAGUUUUUUGACACUUCAUUGUAAACCGCGUCAUGAUUAGAAUUGGAAAACCAUCCGAAAAUGCCAAAUAGAUAGCUUCCUUUUUUUCCCCGCAGUGCAUUUCUAUGACUAUAAAAUGGACUGUUGGAAUGUAAGUGGCUACCCCAAGCCUCGCUUUGCGUCCGAGUAUGGUUUCCAGUCCUACCCUUCAUUUGAAACCCUAGCUGAGGUGUCCGUGGAAGGGGACUGGACCUAUGAUAGUGCGUUCAUGGAACAUCGGCAACAUCACGGAGACGGUAAUGAGCAAAUGCUGUACCAAGCCCAAAAGCACUUUAAACUGCCCAGCUCGUCGGAUCCUUUGAAGAAAUUUAUGGACACUCUAUUUAUUACUCAGGUCACUCAAGCUCAGUGUAUGAAGACGGAAACUGAACAUUACCGGCGUUUACAGAGUGAAUUAGUACAGGGGAAAGGAAAAACCAUGGGUACAAUAUACUGGCAGUUGAACAGUAUCUGGCAGGCUCCCACGUGGUCCUCAUUGGAAUAUGGAGGCCGAUGGAAGAUGCUUCAUUACUUUGUGAAGGAUUUUUUUGCUCCAGUGAUGGCCUCAUCUUAUCAGGAGGGCGGCAAAUUUAAGCUUUAUGUUGUGUCCGAUCUAAUGAAGCCAAUCACGCAUGGUGCAGUGUCUCUCAACGCGUGGGCAUGGUCUUCAUUCACACCGUUGUACACCAGAAACAUACCAUUUCACAUUGAUCCACAGUCCUCGAAACGUGUGUACGCGGAUGAAGUAAAAGAUUUUCUGCACGCCAGCAAAUGUGAAAGUGCGCAGCAUUGUGUAUUUACCAUGAAACCUUUGAACCUUAGUAGUGGAAAAGACCUGGGACCAAUAAACGUCUUUUACCCUUCCAACUUAUCGGAAGCAGUGGGUUUAAAAGAUCCUCGAUUGAAGAUUGCCAAAGUUGCCCGGAUGUCCAAGGCAGGAGAGUUCAGCGUGUCUGUUGAGGCACAGUCUCCCGCUUGUUUCGUGUGGCUGGUGGCCAAAGAUGUCCGAGGCCGCUUCUCGGAAAAUGGAUUCCUAUUAACAGAACCUUCUAAGACAGUGGUGUUUCACAGCUGGCAAGAUACAACGGAGGAAGUCCUGGAGAAAACUCUAUACAUCAAGUCUCUUUAUGAUCUAUACGCCUAAACAGCUGGGUGAUUUAGUAACAGAAUUGUCUAUCGUGCGUAUGUUUUGAUAAUUUUAGACUGCAAUCAGCGCGAGCAAUUUGCGUAAAAAACCACUAGUUCCUAGAAACUGGGCCAUUUUUCUUUCUCUCACGUCCUCCUCCUUUUUUGGCAAUUAUGGAAGAGAAGAACAGCAAACAACGAAAAUACAAGUUCGAGAAAAAAUCAGAUUAGGUUGGUGCAUAGCGCUGUCUUGUAGUAUAGGAAGGUAAAGUAAAGUUAUUACUGGUCUUCGAGUCUUGCACGAUUACUUAUGAGUGGAAAUUAAUCCAGCAUGUCUUCUCCACAAACCUUCUUGUCAGUUUACUGAAGGUUUGAGACGAUUAGUUUGUAAUAUAAAUUGUUUAAUUUUUCUGCGCGAAAUUUUGUAGCACAUUAUUUUAAUAAAGAAAUCACAGCCCAUCUUUGCUUUCACUUUACAAAGGUAGCCUGAUUAACCGUAACGUUAUGAUAGUAGCGAUAAAACUUCACGUUUCUUAGCAAAUUCUGAAAGUAACGAUAAUAGACAGUUUUCGAUAUAUUAAAAUUCAGCUUGGCAGUGAGGCCUAGAGGACACAAACAAAGGAAAUUG